AUGGCAGUUGAUAAGGAUAAUGACCAUGUUAUCGUUUGUGAUAAUGGAACGGGGUUUGUUAAAUGUGGAUUUGCCGGGUCUAAUUUUCCUGAACAUAUAUUUCCUUCUGUUCUCGGACGUCCAAUUCUUCGAGCUUCCAACAAAAUUGGGAAUGUUGAGGUGAAAGAUCUCAUGAUCGGUGACGAGGCUAGUGAGCUCCGGUCAGUGUUGGAGCUGUCUUAUCCCAUGGAGAAUGGAAUUGUAAAGAAUUGGGAUGAUAUGAAACAGCUUUAUGAUUAUACGUUCGGCCCUACGAAGUUGAACAUUGACACAAGACACGCUAAAAUUCUUCUCACUGAGCCCCCUUAUAAUCCGAAGUCAAAUCGACUGAAGAUGAUGAAACUUAUGUUUGAAGAUUAUGGAUUUAACGCGGUCUAUGUGGCCAUUCAGGCUACACUUACCCUUUAUGCUCAAGGCCUAAUGACUGGUGUUGUAGUUGAUUCUGGUGAUGGGGUUACACAUAUUUGCCCAGUUUACUCUGGUCACACCCUAACCAAUUUAACCAAGCGUUUGGAUGUCGCUGGCAGAGAUAUCACCCGAUAUUUAAUAAAAUUGCUAUUGCUUCGUGGCUAUGCCUUUAAUCAAACUGCCGAUUUCGAGACGAUACGACAAAUGAAAGAGAAACUUUGCUAUGUCGCUUAUGAUGUUCAACAGGAGCAAAAUCUUGCUCUAGAAACUACUGUUUUAGUUAAGAAGUACACUUUGCCUGACGGAAGAGUAAUCAAAGUUGGCGGUGAGCAGUUCGGAGCUCCAGAAGCCCUAUUCCAGCCUCAUUUAAUUGAUAAAGAGAGUGUUGGUAUUGCCGAAAUGCUCUUCAACACUAUUCAGUCGGCUCCAAUUGAUACGAGAUCUGAGUUCUACAAGUAUAUUGUACUUAGUGGUGGUAGCACCAUGUAUCCAGGUCUCCCAAGUCGAUUGGAGCGGGAACUGAAACAGCUCUAUGUGCAGAAUGUCCUCAGGGGUGAUGCCAAGGGCCUUUCUAAAUUGAAAAUCAGAAUUGAAGACCCACCACAGCGUAAACACAUGGUAUUCCUUGGAGGAUCCAUUUUAGCCCGUCUUAUGCAAGGUGGCUCGGCCAAUUGUUGGGUCACAAAAAAGGACUGGGAAGAACAAGGCGAACGUGUUUUAGACAGAAUGGAUGGAUCUCAGUGA